AUUUUUUUUGGUUUUUGGGAAUCUCUACUAUCAUCGGCCUCUACAUUCAUGAAGCUCGGAAUGACAGACAUGGAUCCUGACAAUGGAGAACAUGAGGAGGUGAAGAGGAUCAAGGACAAGUCCAAGGAGAAGGCGAAGCAACCAGCUAUCGAUUCAGAUGCAAAGGCAGCGAAGAAAGCCGAGAAGGAGGCGAAGAAGAAGAAGAAGAUGGUGAGUUACUCUGAGUGAACUGCACCUUGAGAUAAUGAUUGACCGGACUGGCUGAAUUCCAGAAGCAGGAGGGAGCAGAUGUGAAGGAUGAGCCGAUAGCUGAAUCAUCGGUAUCAGAAGGGAGAGGAUUGGUCAAAUCUAGGUCCGAACUGGAAGUCGCCAGGAUGCUGGAACCGAGCUCUGAAGGGGACGAUGAGGAGACAGUGGUUGAGGCGGAUGUGGCGGAUCUGAAGAGCGAAAAGAAGAAGAAGAAGACGACGGACGAGGAACAGAAGAAGACGAAGAAGAGCAAGAAGUCGAGCAAGGAGGAGAGCAAUGACAUCUUGGUAGAGGAGAAGAAGGAGAAGAAGGAGAAGAAGGAGAAGAAGGAGAAGAAGGAGAAGAAGGAGAAGAAGGAGAAGAAGGAGAAGAAGGAGAAGAAGGAGAAGAAGAAGGAGAAGGAGAAGAAGGACAAAACGGUGGAAGUCGAAGCAGAAGCAGAAGCAGAAGUAGGAUCUCCAGAGCAAGAAACGCAGGGCAAGAAGGACAAGAAGAGAAAGGCGAGUGAAGCGGAGGGAAUAAUCUAUGGAGAGGGCGAUGGUGAAGCAGCCCAGAGCGGGAAGAAGCAGAAGAAGAAGAAACGGAAGAGCAAAGACGCCGACGAAGAAGCCGACGUCGAACAGAGUGUGGAGGGUGGCUCGAGCGGGAGCAAGAAGAGAUCACGAGAGCCAGUCACUGAAUCUGCAGAUGUCACUACUGUCUCUGAAGAACCGAAAAAGGCCAAAGGGAAGAAGAAACAAAAGGCUGUUGGUCCAAGUAUCUCCUUAGGGGAGAUUGAAAGUGAUGAAAGAAUGAGCGAGACGGCGAAGAAUGCUAUAAUUUAUGUUCAUCAACAUUCGUCUCAACUUGUACCGUCUGAGCCUGCGACUCAAGGUUGGAAAUUCAACAAGGCGAAACAGAACUGGCUGGUCAAGCACGUUUUCGACAAUGCUCAAGUGCCAGACGAGUAUGUAGAGUUGGUACUGGGUUAUCUCAAGACUAUCCAAGGCAUGGGCAGAGCGCAUUUGAUCGAAGUUGCCAAGGGUCAUUCCAAGCCUAAGGCUGCUGCUAUUGAGCAAGCCGCGGUCGAGCACGAGGAUUCAAAGGCGAAGCCAACAACGACCCAGGACAACACUGUAAAUGCCAAGGAUGGGAUAUCUGGAGAUGCCUCGCGCAAGACGGAUCAGACCACCGCUGCGGAUGCGAACGAAGACGACGUCACAGCCAAACGAGUGACUUUUGACCAGACCGUAUCUUCUGGCGAUGCUCAAGCAGACGAGCAACAGCUGAUGGCGGACGACGAAGCGGCUGAAGCUGCUGCUGCUACCGACGAGGCGAAUCGGAUACAGAUCAGGAUAGAUAGAGCUAAAAAGGUUCUCAAAAUCCUCGGGGCGAGGUAGAUUUGAAGAGGCUGAAGUGAUAAUGACGAUGGCCUGUUGAAGAGGCACGCACACCGUAAUGACGAAAGAUCAUUGAUAUUGAUCUUAUGAUGAGGGCAUUUCAUGUAGUAAACGAUAGCUAGCAUGCACAUCGAACGAGACGCAAUGUGAAGCCGGG